UUUCGUCAGCGCGGGCGGCAUGUAGGCUCCGGCGCGUCCGGGCGGUUCAAGAAGUUUCUACGGCCGAAGCGUCUCAGCGGUGCCGCCAUGUUCGGCUGCCUGGUGGCGGGAAGGCUGGUGCAAGCAGUGGCACAACAGGUGGCUGAAGAUAAAUUUGUAUUUGAUUUGCCUGACUAUGAAAACAUCAACCACGUAGUGGUCUUUAUGCUGGGAACCAUCCCAUUUCCAGAGGGCAUGGGAGGAUCUGUCUAUUUCUGCUAUCCUGACCAGAGUGGGAUGGCAGUGUGGCAGCUGCUAGGAUUCGUCACCAAUGAGAAACCAAGUGCCAUCUUCAAAAUUUCCGGUCUGAAAUCUGGGAAAGGGAGCCAACACCCCUUUGGUGCAAUGAACCUUCCUCAGACGCCGUCUGUAGCCCAGAUCGGAAUUUCGGUGGAAUUGCUGGAAAACUUGGCCCAGCAAACUCCUGUCGCAAGUGCUGCUGUAUCAUCAGUAGACUCAUUCACUGAGUUCACUCAGAAGAUGCUGGAUAACUUCUAUAACUUUGCUUCGUCGUUUGCUGUCACUCAGGCUCAGAUGACGCCAAAUCCUUCUGAAGCUUUCAUUCCUGCUAAUGUAGUUCUUAAAUGGAGUUUUUAUUAGCACCUGCUAUAUACUAUGUAUUGCACAAAUGGAAAGGGAGGAAAAUCCCUGGAAGAGAAGCAUAGUAGAAGACAGUACCCAGAGCAGGAAUGAAUCAUGUCUUUGCAAAGUUUGUUGGGGAGGGUGGUGGUUAAUAUCGUAAAUGAAAAUCCGAUGCAGCUAAAAGCAAGAUCAAUCUAAGCAUUCUCUGUAAACUGGUAAGAAUUUUUUAAUCUCUUAUUCUGAUUACAGCCACAUCAAGUAGUUUCAUCUUGACCCUACUAGCUGCCAGGGAGAAGUAUCAUUUUAGUCUAUUUGUUCUGUAAAGUUUUUUAAAAAUGCAGUGCAUUUUAGGUCCACAGCUGGCUGCAUAUGAUAGACUUUCAUCAAUUGCACUAACUUCUCAGUAGUGAGGUAGGAAGUUCAAAUACUUGAAUUGCAUAAUUUAGAAGUCAUUUUAAUGCCAACACACUCUUCUC